AUGAUCAGAAUGAUGAAGAGAAGCUUGAUCUCUCUUGAGUAUUACUCAUCUAUCAAAACCCACAGUGUGAUAAUGAUGGCCUCAUUGACACCUGAAACUGUGAACAGCUUGGCUGACUUCUCUGCAGAUACUACUCUUCAUGAAUAUGACUCACUCAAGACUCUAGGCCCUGAUCAACAUCUUCUUCAUAACACUAUUCUCUAUCAUUAUACUGAGAUUCUUAACAGCAGAUCUUCAGAUCCUUUAUUAAUUAAUCUAGAUAGUAAAGAUGACACUGAUAAAACUUAUCUGAUUAUGAUUUUAUCUACAACUCUUCAAAAUCUUGCAGAGGCUCAAGAUCUCUCAACCUCAAUUAUUCAAGCCAUGUCAACUGAUGUAGCUGCUUACUUCAUUAACACUUGA